UCCUUGAUGAACCAUCUCAAGUGGUGCUGGCAGCAUGGAGUGGGCCGAGAGUCAACUGCUGGAGAUCCUGGGGGAGCUGGGAGAAGGGGAGCUGCAGAGAUUCAAGGACAAACUGAGUGAAAUACAGCCCAAGGAGGGAUACCAACAUAUCCCCUCUGGGAGCCUAAGAAAUGCGGAUCCUCCAGCCCUCACGGACCUGCUCCUCCUCUUCUAUGGGAUGGACUAUGGGGCGGAGGUGGCUGCGGAGGUGCUGAGAGCCAUUGACCAAGGAGCCCUAGUAAAGAGAAUUGAGAGACUCAUUGAUGCACUGGAAUGUGAGAAAUAUUAUUUCGAGUGGCAGCUGCAGCAGCUACGGCAGCAUCACUUCGCAAGAGGAGGUUUCAUGUAUGUGAAAUGCACACUGAACGAUGAGCAGUACCAGACAAUCAGAGCUGAGAAAACCAGCCAGGAGAAGAUGCGGAAGCUGUACGAGCUGGUGCCGAGAUGGGACAAACAGCAGAAGGACCGGCUCUACCAGGCACUGAAGGAAACAAACAGAGACCUGGUUGAAGAGCUGGAGGGGGGACACUUUGUUGACCGGCACCGAGAGAAGCUGAUCCAGCGAGUCUCAGAAGUGGACAAAGUCCUGAAGCUACUUCGGGGGCACACGCUAACCCCUGAGCAAUACCAGAGCAUCAGCACCGGGAGAUCCAAUGUGGAGAAAAUGCAGAAGCUGUAUGAGCUGGUGCCGAGCUGGCGGAGGGAGCAAAAGGACUGGCUCUACCGGGUUGUGUGGAUAACAAACAGAGCCGUUUUUUAUGAGUUUGCAGGUGUGGGUAUCCGAGCGCAGAAGCCGUCCACCAGCACCAGCCCUGGAGCUACACGGGAACAUUUUGUGGAGCAGCAUCGGGAGCAGCUGAUUCAACGCGCCUCUUCAGUUGACACAACCCUGGAUGUGCUGAAGCGGAGCCAUUACACGUGGUUCCAGGAGCAGCCAUAUGUGGUGAUGCACGCACCAUAUGAAAGCUCCACUGAAGAGCUAGAGGAAUCAAAGCGACGUACUGGCAGAGGUGGAUACCUUUGGAAUCGGCCGCACAUACUGAACGAUGAGCAGUACCAGACAAUCAAAGCUGAGAAAACCAGCCAGGAGAAGAUGCGGAAGCUGUACGAGCUGAUGCCGAGCUGGGAUGAACGUCAGAAGGACCGGCUCUACCAUGCACUGAAGGAAACAAACAGAGACCUGGUUGAAGAGCUGGAGGGUGCCGGUACCCCAGCACAGGAGCCGUCCACCAGCACCAGCCCUGGAGCUACACGGGAACAUUUUGUGGAGCGGCACCGGGAGCAGCUGAUUCAACGCACCUCUUCAGUUGACACAACCCUGGAUGUGCUUCAUAGGUGUAUACUGUGCCCUCUUCCACCACCAAGAUUCCAACAAGGAGGGGCAGAAAUGUGGCCGAUGCGGUUGAGGAGUUCGGGCUGUAGCCUGUCGUCCCUGAAGCUGAUGACAGCAAACAAAAGCCGCACUGAAGAGCUAGAGGGCUCCAUGAAGAGCCAGGGCCCCGUGUGUCAGGCCUCCCAGGCUCACACUAUGUUCCCGGUUGAGGGCAGCCAAGUCACUGGACAAGCUGCUGGGCUGGACACCACACCAAAGAUUGUAAAGCCCCUUCCCCUCCGCACUGCUCGACAUAGGCCCAGCUUAAUGAGGACCCCGCAGAGACCGCAGCCGCAUGACUUUUAUGGUGGACAUUUAGGUCACGUGGAAGUUCCUCAUCAAAUUUCCAUUGAAGAACUGACAUCAGCAUCAGGGAUUAUCUGCCAACAAACCCUCCUACCCUCCACUGGUUCUGUGGCAGGAGCUGCAGGUGAGACCAGCCGGCGUCAGAAUCCCACUGCCUGCCUCAGGGGGCAGCACAAAUGUAACUGGUGUGCCAGAGAGGAGGAGGAUCUUCCAGAAGAAAUAAAACCAGAGAUUAUUCAGGACUUAGAUGGGAACCAGGAAACGUACAGGGUUCAUUUCUCUAGGGCAGGCUGGUUCCGUUGCCCUGAAACUGAACUGGAAUUCGAGGUGAGGGCAGCAGUGACCAUCCAAUAUGGAUACGGCUCCUGGAGGCAGCAUCUGACUGAAUCGCAGGAGGAGCAAUGGAUGGUGGCCGGCCCUUUGUUUGACAUCAGAGUGGAACUGACUGAGGCUGUGGCAGCCGUUCACCUCCCGCACUUCCUGUGUCUCAGAGAUGCUGACAAUUCCCGGAUGCAGAUCGUCCAUUUCAUCAAUGAGGGGAUGACCCUGGAGAACCCAACACGGGUGAGGUCAUUCCACGCCGUGCUAGAGAACCCCAGCUUCUCUCCAAUUGGAGUAUUUUGGAGGAGGGAGAAUUCUGAUCAGCAAACUCAGCUCCAUUCCAUUGUACUGCUCUACCAGGCAAAAAGGAUAGUUAAUCUAACCCUCCACCUCUACCUGAUACCUGAUGACGGCUCACGGGUCAAGGCAGUGAAGGACUAUGAAAAGGAGUGCCAGUCAUGGUUUGUGUCUAAGUCUCAUUUCACCGCUAAACCCUUGCGCUUUGGCUCUCUCUACAUUGUGUCCAGUCCAUCGAAGAUAACAGUAACACCCAAGGAACUGCCAUUUUUGGAUAAACCUGCAGAAACUUUUCAACCAUUCACAGAGGUCCACACCAUGGAUGUGAAAAAGGAGCUGGAGCUCAGCCUCGUGGAAAAAAAGGACGGGAAGCCAAUCUGGGAGGCUGUUAUCAGACCAGAGGACCUGGCACCUUCUGUUUCAUCCAUUAAGAUGCAAAUAGAUACACAUUUUGUUGACCAACACCGAGAACAGCUGAUUAAGCGGGUGACUGCAGUGGACGGCAUCCUGGAUUCACUGCAUGGCCUCGUUCUGGAUACUGAACAAUACCAGAGUGUCAGAGCCGAGAGAACCAACCCAGACAAGAUGCGGAAGCUGUAUGAGCUGGUCCCGAGCUGGAAUUCAGACUGCAAAGACAAGCUCUACCAGGGGCUGAAGGAUAAACACAGACACCUGGUUGAAGAGCUCGAGGAGAAAUAGAUGGAGGGAGCUCUCCCCCUUCUCAGGGAUUGUUUAUUUGAUUAAUCCACAGGUUUUUGGUGUGAAUCAGGUAACUCACAAUAUGCAAACCGCAAUCAUAGUGUGCACAUGGGACACCUGUUCCAUGCUUCAAUUUGCAUCGUGUGUACACAGCAGAGGCUUGCUGUGUACUAAACGUGCUGCAUUCUUAGAGGGUAUCCGACACCUCUUUGCCUUGGCGCUGAGCACUGUGCAUUCUGUGAUUGUUCUCGCUGUGAAUUGUGGGAUGCAAAGCUGAAGCUGGCCAGGUUCAAUUUUUAAAAAAAUGAAAAAUCCCAUAGCUCUGUGCCAUAUGCUGGCGACCUGGAAUUCACAGAUGGUGCUUGGGUUAUUGUUCAACUGAAUGAAUUUGGCUUUGGACGUUGCCUGCUGCACUACCGCGCACAUGAUAAUAGAAAACAGGUUGCUGGAGCAGCUUCACAGCAUGCAGCGCCAUUUCUGGGUGCAGGAAACCAGCACAGACCAGUGGGAAGGGAUUGUUCUGAAGACUUAGAGUGACCACCAGUGGUGAGAGAAGUUCUGGAUGGGGAAGACAACUCUUUUUUGAGGUAGCACUGUAACCCUGGAGCUGCAAUGGCACCAAGAUGUGGACAAGCAGGUUGCCAUUGCCAUCUGGAAUCUGGCCACCCCUAAAUAAUGCCAGUACAUAGCAAACCGAUCUGAUGUAGGAAAGUCGAUUGUUGGGGCUGUUGUCAUGCGGGUGUGUGAUGCCAAGGAAAAGGUACUGUGGCACCAGAUUCCAAAGCUUGGUCACACUCAGGAGAUUAUUCAUGGCUUUGCAUACUGAUGGCAUUCCCAAACUCCAUUGGAGCAAUUGAUGGAUCCUGUGUGCCUAAUAUUUGCCUCCCCUCCUCCCGAGUGCAGAAUUUAUAAACAGAAAGGGGAUUCUCUAUGGUGCUCCAAGGCCUGGUUGACCUCCUGGUAUGUUUACAGACAUGAAUGCAGGGUGGCUGGAUCCAUGGCAAUAGGAUCUUUUCGACUUCAGGCCUAUUUAUCUUAUUGGAGAAAGGACUGCUUGCCCCCAGGAACACUAUGGACAUUGCUCCAGUUAUCCUGGGAAACCCAGUUCAUCCUUUGCUUCCCAGUUAAUGAAGCCAUUCACAGGCCGCUUGGACUGUUCAACUCUCACCUCAGUAGUUGCGGAAUGGUAGUGAACUGUGCAUUUGGUCAUUUGAAAGAGAGGGGGCGCUGUUUGUAGAAUAGUCUGGAAGCAGUAGAAAAAAAGCAUUCCAACGAUUAUAGCAGCAUGUUAUAUUUUGCACAAUAUUUGUGAGGGGAAGGGUGAAGGCUGUAGCAAUGGAUGGGAGGCUGAGGCGCAGAGACUUGUGCAGAGGUCUGAGCAGCCAGCAAGGCUUCCCACAGAAAAUGGAAACAGCUGGGGCAAUAUUGUCAGGGAUGCCUAUUUACUCUCAUCUUGAGUUCAGCCCUGCUAAUGUACAGCCAUGCAUCCAGCGGUCAGCCUGUGAAGAGGAGUUGGGGGAAUGAACUGUGAGCUGUUCAGUUUUGUUUAUUGGUGGUGGCAGAGGGACAUUGGGGCAAUCCUUGUUUUACCUUACGUCUUUGCCUGUACCCUUGGUAAAACCCUGUGAAUUAUUUCAGUUUUCCAGCUUUUCUGUGUUAAUGCAUUGAGUCAGCAUGACUGAAUUUUUAACACAGAAACAACAAUCAAUUGUGUAAAACAAAAAUAAACCUUUAAUUGAACUGACAACUUGAAAGAAACCUUUAAUUAAAUCAAAAGUCUAUCAAAAAGCUCCUAGUGCAGAUAGAACAGAACAGUGGCAGGGGUGCUUAAAAUCACAGGCAAGUGCACACCUCACCUCUGCCUCUUGUUUGUGGGACUUCAGGUGCUCAGGGGUGAGGCUCCACGUUAUCUGGGGCACUGGAUGGCUCAGGAGAGCUGGGUUCCUGGUUCUCAGUGCCCUUUCACUAAAAUGUCGUGUCUCAUGAUCCCCCUGCUAAAAAUGAAUAUUUCCAGGGAUUUCUCCUUUACCUGAGUAUAAAUUAUAAAA